AUGCCCUCAACUGCGCUUCUUCUACCCUCCUGCAUAAUAAUUAUUUUUCUCAUUCUACUAUUUCCCGUCCUAACUACCCUUUCACCCACUCCUCUUAUCACUGGCUGGGCCCUAACAAAAACCAAAAACGCCGUUAAACUAGCUUUCUUCAUUAGCCUCUUUCCUCUUUUCCUAUUUUUUGACCAGGGGGCCGAGACUAUUAUUACAGCCUGGUCCUGAAUGAAUACCCUAACCUUUGAUAUCAACAUCAGCUUUAAAUUUGACACAUACUCUUGCAUCUUCAUCCCCGUCGCACUCUACGUGACCUGAUCUAUCCUAGAAUUUGCAUCUUGAUACAUGCACUCAGACCCCAAAAUGAACCAAUUCUUUAAGUACCUCCUGGUCUUUUUAAUUGCAAUAAUUAUUCUCGUCACAGCAAAUAAUAUGUUCCAACUGUUUAUUGGCUGAGAGGGCGUAGGAAUUAUAUCUUUCCUCCUAAUCGGCUGAUGAUACGGUCGAACAGACGCAAACACAGCAGCCCUUCAAGCAGUCCUAUACAAUCGCAUCGGGGAUGUUGGCCUUAUCUUAACUAUAGUUUGAACGGCAACCCGCCUAAACACCUGAGACCUGGAACAACUCUUCUCCCUCUCUAAUGAACACGACCUUACACUCCCCCUCUUUGGACUAAUUCUUGCUGCCAUAGGCAAAUCCGCACAAUUCGGCCUUCACCCUUGACUUCCCGCCGCUAUGGAGGGUCCCACACCAGUAUCUGCCCUACUACAUUCAAGCACCAUGGUUGUAGCUGGCAUCUUCCUGCUCAUUCGCCUCAACCCCUUGCUUGAAAACAACAAGCUUGCUUUAACCACUUGCCUCUGCUUGGGCGCCCUAACUACACUAUUUACUGCAAUUUGUGCCCUAACCCAAAAUGACAUUAAAAAAAUCGUAGCCUUUUCUACUUCAAGCCAACUCGGCCUUAUGAUAGUCACCAUCGGCCUUAAUCAACCACAACUAGCUUUUCUACACAUCUGUACCCACGCCUUCUUCAAAGCAAUACUUUUUAUCUGCUCGGGGUCUAUCAUUCACAGCCUUAAUGAUGAACAAGACAUUCGCAAAAUGGGGGGCAUACAUCACCUAACACCCCUCACCUCCUCUUGCUUCACAAUCGGAAGUUUGGCUUUAACGGGCACCCCCUUCCUGGCCGGCUUCUUCUCUAAAGAUGCCAUCAUUGAAGCACUAAACACAUCCUAUUUAAACGCCUGAGCCCUCACCCUUACACUUAUUGCCACCUCUUUCACAGCAGUCUACAGUCUUCGAAUCAUCUAUUUUGUGUUAAUAGAAUACCCCCGCUUUAACCCCCUUAUACCUAUCAACGAAAACAACCCCUCUAUCACUAAUCCCCUUAAACGCUUAGCCUGAGGAAGUAUUAUUGCAGGAUUUUUAAUUACCUCUAAUACAUUACCCCUUAAAACUCCACUUAUAACAAUACCCACCCCCUUAAAACUCACAGCCUUGGCUGUAACGCUACUCGGCCUACUUACAGCACUAGAAAUCGCUAAGCUAUCUUCCAAACAAUUCAAAAAAACCAACAACUCGCCGUCCCACCCCUUCUCUAUUAUAUUAGGUUUCUACCCCCACGUAGCACAUCGCUCUGUACCCCUUACAGCACUAGUCUUUGGUCAAGCCAUUGCAACUCACCUAGUUGAUCAAACCUGAUUAGAAAAAUCUGGGCCUAAAGCAACUUUUAAUUUAAGCCUUCGUCCCAUUACAAUAACAAGUAAUAUCCAACAAGGCAUGAUUAAAACCUAUUUAUCCCUAUUUUUCUUCACCUCCCUUCUCACCCUCCUUUUCUGUUAG